CAGUGCACGCUAUAGUAUCAGUAUUAGCAGAAGAAACAUAACAUGAGAACUGAGGUUCUGUGGGGCGUAUUGGCCCUGCUGUGUCAGCAAACACUGGUUAGCGGCCACAUACUGGGGAGGCCCUCAUCUGCUAAUGACCUGGCUCAGCUCAAGUCUUUGCUGGAACGCUUUGAGGAGACAUUGGAUGAAGUGGUCCAGAAAGAAGACUUGGAAGCUUAUUAUGAAGACAUGAACCAAGAUCCCAAAAGCAGCCAGAGCAGCCAAGGAUGGGACCAAGAGGGGAACCAAGAACCUCUGAUAUCUGAAAAAGCCCAACCACUAACUGAGGGCAAGACUGUGAAUCAGAGGAGCCGCCUCCAGGACCUGCUGAUGGCCACCAGGAAACGCACCUCUGGCUGUUUUGGAGCCAGGAUGGAUCGAAUAGGAAAUGCCAGUGGCUUGGGAUGCAACAGUGGAAGAGGAUAGUCCAGCCUUUUCCUGGGGCGCUUGAUGGAUUCUGCUGUUGGAACUGAAAUUAUAUCCAUAGAGUUUGGACAAAUAUGGUUUUGUAUUAGUUGCAUUUCAACUUUGUGUAUCUAUUUUGCAUGUUUCUGUGUCAGAGAUAACAAACUGGCUGUUUUUCAAGUAUGUAAUUAAUUCUAUAAAGAUCAUUGUAGAUGAGCAACAUAAACACUUUAAUGGAAAAAAGUUAACUGCUGUAACUGCAUG